ACGACAUCAGUAAUAAGUAAUUAUUGCCAUCAAAAUGUUCUCAAAAGUAUUUGUGGUAAGCGCUGUAUUAGCAGUUGCUUCAGCUGGUCUGCUGCCCGCAGCUCACUACUCCCCCGCAUCCGCGGUCUCCUCUCAGAGCAUCGUGCGCCACGAGCAGCCCCUUGCUGUAGCCGCCCCCGUCGCCUACCACGCCGCUCCCGUUGCCUACCAAGCCGCCCCAGUCGCCUACGCCACCCCCGCCCGCUACUCGUCCGCCGCGGCUGUCUCCUCACAGAACAUCAUCAGACACCAGCCAUCCAUCGCUGUCGCCGCUCCCGUCGCCUCCGUAGCCUACUCCUCCCCCGCCCGCUAUUACUCUGGCGCCGCCCUCUCUUCCCAAAACAUUGUCCGUCAUGGCGUAGUUGCCCCCGUCCAAUACGCAGCUCCCGCUCGCGUUGCCGUUGCCCACGCCGCUCCCGUCGUCCACGCCGCUCCCGCUCAUGUCGCUGUUGAGGAAUACGAUGUAAGUUACACAAGAGCAUAUAAUUUGACAAUAGUUCACAUACUUGGUUAUAGAUAGAUGAGUUAUAUAUUGUGAAUGUUUGUACAGGCGCACCCCAGAUACGACUUCGCGUACUCCGUAGCCGACGGCCACACCGGCGACAACAAGUCCCAGCACGAGAGCCGCGACGGUGACGUUGUGCACGGCGAGUACUCGCUGCUCGAGGCUGACGGCUCAGUGCGCCGCGUGGAGUACACCGCUGACCCACACAACGGCUUCAACGCUGUGGUCUCCAACUCCGCUCCCGCCCACGCCGCUCCUGUCGCUCACAGCAUCGUGCGCCACGAGCAGCCCCUUGCUGUAGCCGCCCCCGUCGCCUACCACGCCGCUCCCGUCGCCUACCAAGCCGCCCCAGUCGCCUACGCCACCCCCGCCCGCUACUCGUCCGCCGCGGCUGUCUCCUCACAGAACAUCAUCAGACACCAGCCAUCCAUCGCUGUCGCCGCUCCCGUCGCCUCAGUAGCCUACUCCUCCCCCGCCCCUCCGGCUCGCGUUGCCGUUGCCCACGCCGCUCCCGUCGUCCACGCCGCUCCUCUCGUCCAUGCCGCUCCCGCCCAUGUCGCUGUUGAGGAAUACGAUGCGCACCCCAGGUACGACUUCGCGUACUCCGUAGCCGACGGCCACACCGGCGACAACAAGUCCCAGCACGAGAGCCGCGACGGUGACGUCGUGCACGGCGAGUACUCGCUGCUCGAGGCUGACGGCUCAGUGCGCCGCGUGGAGUACACCGCUGACCCACACAACGGCUUCAACGCUGUGGUCUCCAACUCCGCUCCCGCCCACGCCGCUCCCGUCGCUCACGCUCCCAUCGUCGCUCAUCAUUAAAAUAAGUUUUAGGAAAUAAAUCUUACUUAUUGAAUAUUA